GUGCAGGAAUGAUUCCUUCUGAGUUCUGCUCAGUUAUUAUCAGGCAGGUAUAAUUGUAUUGAUGGAGCUAUACCCAUGUUAUUUGUUCAAUUCAUAUCUAAAAAAAACCCAACGUUUCAGGCAAAAUUAUCGACCUACAAUUGCCAAUGUUUAAGAAGACUUUUGGAUUGUUUCAUAGGCAUGGUACCAUGAAGAAAAUUUAUUGUAAAUUUAAAAGCACUAGAGAUGAUGUGGCUGCUUUGAUCGAACAAUAUACAGAGAUAAGUAUAGAUCACAUGACACCAGAGAUUAAAUUACGUCUUAUAACACCAAAUUGUCACCUCUGGCAUUCCAAUGAAGACGAUUCACCUUUUUUGGAGCCGUUUUGGGCUUUCUAUUGGCCUGGCGGUCAAGCUUUGACCAGAUAUAUAUUAGAUAAUGGUGAAAGAUUUAAUGGGAAGACUAUAAUUGAUAUUGGAUCUGGCUGUGGGGCAACUGCUAUAGCUUGUAAAUUGGUUGGAGCAAGACAUGUUAUAGCUAAUGAUAUAGAUUCAGUUGCUGCUGAAUCAAUCAAGUUAAACAGUGAGUUAAAUGAUGUGAACUUGUUUAUAACUACACAAAAUCUGAUUGGUCAAUCUACUGCCAAAUGUGACAUAAUAUUACUAGGUGAUAUGUUUUAUGAUGAGCAAUUUGCUAACAUCAUUAGCGAUUGGCUAAAAAAAUCAUUGACAAAAUCAUCAACAGUUUUCAUUGGUGAUCCUGGUAGACAUUCCUUUCAGAUUCAUCCAAUGCAAGAACAGUUAAAGAAAUUAGCCAGUUAUGAACUUCCCAAAAGUUGCAAAUUACAAAAUAAUGGUCUUACAUCAAGUUCAGUGUGGGAAAUGUCACUUUAAAGGAAUGACCUCUUUUGUAAGUUUGUUUGUAAAUUAUUAGGACACUUCUAUCUAUAAAGAUGCCUUCCCAUGUGCAAAUUGGGUGAUUUGAUGAUAUAUUUUGACUAUAAACAUAUUUAAAGUAAUUAAUCUAUCAAUUUGCUUCAAAUGCCUCUCAAAACAUUGUCUUCGCGAGGAAAUAUGCCAAGCUAUAAAAAAUCUAUUUAAAGAACUUACAUUUGUGUCAUGUUACUUGCAGUGGCAAAGCUAGGAGAAUUCAUUGCAUAUAAAAGAUGAUGUUGUCUUUUGAGGAGCUAAAUCGCUAAUAUUUGGGGUCUAUAAAUUGACAGAAAUGGGUCGCAACGCAUAUAAUAAUGUAAUAUGAAUGUUUAUAAACAGAUUUAUAUUCA